UUGUAGGAUGGCUUCGUACCUUGGAAAAACAAUUUUACCUCGAUAUAUUUGGCUUGACGGAAAAGUGGAAGAAAAUGUUCCGAUCACGAUAGACAGCGAAGGAGUAAUAACGGAAAUUGGAGGAACUGUACCGUACGAUGUGGUUAGGAUGGAGAAUGAGAUUGUGCUGCCAGGAUUUGUCAACGCUCAUUCACAUGCUUUUCAUCGUCAUUUACGAGGUCGUAGUGAAAUCGGCGGAAAAGCGGCGGACACUUUUUGGAAAUGGCGAGACAAUAUGUACGCUUUGGUGGACGGCAUAACGGAGCAAAGGCUUUACGAGUAUUGCCACUCAACAUUCCGCGAAAUGUUGGCUGCUGGUAUCACAACCGUAGGCGAAUUUCAUUAUGUUCACCAUGGUGCUGGUCGGUUCGAUCUCGAUGAAGCUGUACUACGAGCAGCCGAGGAUGUCGGAAUAAGAAUUACACUUAUACAGACUUUCUACGAAAACGCAGGUUUCGAUAAACCAGCGCUACAUCCAGUACAAGAGCGAUUUGUUUCCAGUUAUGACGAAUUUAUGGACAAUUUUCAUAAACUGUUGAAGCAUAACAGCAAAACGAUCACCAUUGCAGUCGCAGCCCAUUCCUGUAGAGCUGUGAGCUUUGAGAACAUCAAAAAGCUCUAUGAAAUGGCUACUGAACAAAACAUCGCAUUCCAUAUUCAUGUAGAAGAGCAACCGAAAGAGAUCGAGGACUGCAUGAGGUUCCUCGGGGAGAAAAAGGGUCCUUCUGAUCUCCUACUUGAAGGUCUCAACAUCAACAAACUCUUUUCUGCAGUUCAUGUCACGUAUACCCCAGUAGAUAAUAUACGAAGAAUCACCAAAUUAGGAGGAAAUACCGUGAUCUGCCCCUGCACAGAAGGCUAUCUCGGGGAUGGAAUUCCACAUGUGAUCGAUGGUCAACAUAUCAGUUAUGGAACUGACUGCAAUAAUAGGAUAGGAUUUCUAGAAGAAAUGCGAUGGGCAUGCUAUUCCCAGCAGAUGCUUCACAACUCCCGAAGCGUGGCUGGAUUUUCUGCCAAUCGACUACUACACAAUGCCACCUUGGGUGGGGCCAGAGCUUUGGCCUUGGACGAGAUUGUAGGCACUUUCGAGAUUGGUAAACAACUGGACUUUGUUUCGUUCGAUCUGCAAUCGCCAAUCCUACAAGGACUCAAUGCUGAUACUAUCAUCGACGGCAUCGUUUUCAGUUGCGAUAAUAGAGAGAUUAAGAGAACUGUUGUGUGUGGGAUAACUCGCUUCUGUCAAUGA